AUCUUUCUUCCUUAUUCACAUAGAAUAUUUCUUCCUUAUCCUUUAGAUGCUUUUCCUGCCGGCCUAAUAAACAUUUUACUUCUAGACUUCUCCUUCCAUCUUGAGAAAUCCUCUCUGUGACUCAUGGAACAAAAUCAGAAUCCCACAACUUCAGAUCCAUCAGUCGUCCUAAUCGUCGGCGUCACUGGAAUGGCCGGCUUACCCUUAGCGGAAUCCCUACACAACCACCACCACAAUUGGAAAAUCCACGGUGCCGCCCGCCGUCCUUCGCCAAGUUGGUUCCCCUAUUCUCUCCUCCACAGUUUCAUCACCUUCGAUGCCUUAAGCUCUACGGACACUCUCACGAAACUCUCUCCAAUCUCCGGCGAAAUCACCCACGUUUUUUGGGUCGCCUUCCAGCUUCAAGAGACCGAAGAAACAAACAUCUCAAGAAACUCGACAAUGCUCAGAAACGUACUCGACGCUCUCACAACAGCCUCUCCUUCUCGCCUGCGUCACGUGACUUUGCAAACAGGGACGAAACACUACAUGGGUCCGAUAUUUGACCCGUCGUUGGCCGGGAAACUCGUGCGCCAUGAGCCGCCGUUUGUGGAGGACUCGCCGCGGCUUCCAUAUCCGAACUUUUACUAUGCUUUGGAAGACCUUGUGGCUUCGUAUUCACCGGCGUUUACGUUCUCGGUGCAUCGUUCUUCUAUCAUUGUUGGAGCUUCUUCAAGAAGUUUGCAUAAUUCUCUUCUCACUUUGGCGGUUUAUGCCGCCAUUUGUAAGCACCAGAGCUUGCCGUUCAGAUAUCUAGGUACUCGAUACACGUGGGAACAUUUCUGCGAUAUGUCUGACGCACGUGUACUAGCCCAACAACACAUAUGGGCAGCUAUAGAGUGUGAUAAGGCAAAGAAUCAAGUGUUUAAUUGCACACAUGGAAAUGUUUUUACAUGGAAGAGCUUAUGGAAAGUGUUAUGUCAAGUGUUUGAAGUUGAAUUUGUGGAGUUUGAUGAUGAGAUUGCAAAAGGAUUUGAUGCGGUGGAGAUGAUGAAGGAGAAAGGACAAGUUUGGGAUGAAAUUGUGAGGAAACAUGGGCUUUUGAAGACCAAAUUGGAGGAGAUAACUUGCUUUGAUGCUUUAAAAAUUGUGUUGAGUUUUGAUUUUCAACAUGUUUGUAGCAUGAAUAAGAGUAGAGAAUUUGGGUUUCAUGGCUUUGUUGAUACAUUCAAGAGCAUUAGAAUGUGGGUGGGGAGAUUGAGAGACAUGAAAAUUAUACCGUGAAAGAAGAUAAAAUUAUUUUGGUGCUAUUAAUACGAAAG